UGUCGCGGACAGAUUGCAGCGCGUAAAUGGAAAUGGACGAAUUGGAGGAAUCCGCAUCCACGGAUAACGAGGAUGUAUUUUAUUUUGAAUCAGAGCACUUGGCGCUGCGUGGCAACCAGUGCUACUCCGAUCUUCUGCGCACCAUUGCCAUUCUGCAGGCGCAGCGCAUCCGCGUGCAUCAGCAAAUCGACGAGGUAGAACAGGCGCGUAAUUUCUAUUUGGGGAACCCUCAGGUGCUGAUUGACAAAAUCCGGAAUAACGAGCCCUUGAUUGGACCCAACUACAUAACAACUAUUAAUUUGCCUGAGCUGCCCACGCUGUCUCAAAAGAUGGCAGCCGGAACGGAUGGCAAUGCUAGUUCCAAUGCCGCAAACACCUUUAUGGAACGCAAGCCGGCGCCACAAUCGCCCACUCAACCACACCUGCAAGACAAUGACAGCAACAGGAGGUCUGAUAGUUUCAAUCGCUUAUGGACUAAUGAAGAACAACGUCGCCUUGAAGCGCUACUCAUUGAAUAUCCACCUGAAGAAAUAGAAAUGCGACGCUUUGCGAAGAUAGCCAAGGCAUUGGGUGAUCGGACACCUCAACAGGUGUUCAGCCGGGUCCAGAAAUACUUUCAGAAACUGCACGAUGCUGGCAUGCCAGUGCCUGGCCGUAUACCCAAGCAUCGCAGACCAGGUCUGAGCAAGCCAAAGAACAGUAUUCGCCGAUCCACGUUUUUUCCCGCACAUAAUAUAUCAAUGCAAAUGCCAGAAGAUGAUUUUGUGCUCGAUGAUUUACAGCCUGUUGCUCCCCCACCGCCUCCUGUCAAAAUCAAAACUGAAGUGAAAGCCGAGCCUACCGUUGAUGAUGAGAAAGAAGAUCGGCGGCGACGGCAGCUCACUGUUGACAUACUCACCACGAUAUACGAUGAAAAGAUAGCCAACCCUGAGGGCUAUAAUCCUGAUCCUCUAGCACCCAGAUGUGCCGCCUGCGAAGAGUCGAGUGUAACUAGCAAGCGCUGGCGCUGCAACAGUUGCUAUUGUUAUAUAAAUCUAUGCGGUGAUUGCCUCGCGGACCAAUUGAUGAACGAACGCUUCGAGCACAUCGGUCACGAUGUGGUUAUGGAUGAAGAGACGUGAAUCUCCGCUCUGUACGUAAUAGGCUAUCGACUUCGCCUGAGUGGCCAUUUUUGAUACAGUAUACCCCCAUAAAAGGUAAUUUUAUUUUCAUUAUAAGCAUGUGGUCUUUGAUUUGUGGUAUUAGUGCUCAGACAAAUUAUUAAGUAAUGAACGAACUCAUUGGUGGUUGAAUGCAUUAAAAAAAUGUUGGUACA